CCGCCCACGCCGCCUCCGCCGCCCCUGGCGGACGCCUACUCCAACUUCGUGCUGGCCAAGCGGCAGGCCCAGGACAACCUGCGCCACCAGCCGCUGCCGGACACCGUCGAGGACGCGCUCUACCGCUCCGGCCGCGGGGGCGAGGGUGCGCUCUCGGAGGUGGAGCCGCGAGCGGCGGCCGUGGGGUGGCGCGGCUGGGGGCCGUCCGCCCCCGGGCCCACGCAGUGCAGCAAGCUGCGCGUCUACCGCCCCCACCCACCGCCCCCAGCGCCGGCGCCAGGAACCCCGCCAACCCUCCAACAUGCGCCGCAGCCGCUGUCGGCGAUCCAGCUGGCACUGUGCUGGGACCUGCGGCCGGACUCGCCGGCUCUCGAACCCAGGCCCCCCACGCACAUCGACGGCUCCAACGGCAGCGCCGCGCCCGCCGUGUUCGCGCUGGUGCCGCCGGUGAGGCCCGCCUGGGAGGACACCGAGAAGACGGCAGGUAACGGCAGGAGCGCCGCGCUGGAGCGCCCAGCCUCUGGAAGGCCCCUCCACGUGGACAGCACGUGGCGCGACGCCCGAGUCCUGGGCUGUCGGGAGCCGGGGUGCCCACUGGCAGAGCACCUGCACGGCAGCCGCCAGUGGCUGUGGGAGAGGAGCAGACCUUUUGACCUCUAG